AUGCCCUACCAACAGAUGACGCCGCCAGCCCCUGGCCACUCGCGGACUCGCUCCCGAGGGGGUAGUGAUAAGGCCCUAUCUAGCACCCGACAGAGCAGAUCAUCGCAGAAAGCUAUGCUUUCCAAAGCCUUGCAAAAAGCGAAUACGGCAGUGCAACUCGACAAUGCCCAGAAUUUCGAAGGGGCAAGAGUCUCCUACCUUGAGGCUUGUGAGCUUCUUCAGCAGGUCCUUCAGAAGACGAGCUCGGAGGAGGACCGGAGGAAACUUGAAGCGAUUCGCAAAACAUACACGAGUCGCAUUGACGAGUUGGACCAGCUGGCCCAAGAAGAGUUGAUGAUGGUAGACGACGACAAGGCUCUCCCCGCAAGACCGGAUAGCGACAGCUACCCGCCAUCUACCACCACUACCCUUAACCUUGAAGAUGAGGUGGCCGAAGUCUCUGAAAUCCAAACGGCGACUGUUACGCGCAUCAUUCGAAAUCCAGAGAACCAGAACCAGACGCCACCCAAUAACAUCGUACACCCCCCGCGAUGGGCGAGUACUCGCGCUGCUGUUGACGCCGAGUCGUAUUCGGCGCCGCCCCCUGGCCUUAACGCGAACUGGUCACCCGAAAGGAAUCUUCACCUUCCACGCCCGGAUGUAGACCGGGAUAUGCCGCCUCCACUCUCUCCCCGCCGUCCUUCUGAGCCGACCGGACUCGGCCCACCGCACACCCCGAGCCUAAUUCCCACCAGCCAUUUCUCAUCCAUGCAGGUCAACGCAACACGAGGUUCGAUGGGGACCUCUCAUUAUCGAGGUCCAAGCCAGGAGUCAAAUUCGUGGCUAGACUCGAAGGCCGACUCUGUGGGUUCUACAUCUUCCUCUGUACACUCACGUACAUCGUCUUUGGGCAUUAGAAGGAAACAUAUACGCGCGCCGAGUGGCGACACUGAAGCGGAAUUCGAUGCGGCUCUGGAUGCAGCCGUGGAAGCCGCUUACGAUGACGGUUUCGUGCCCAUGGACUCGGACGAAGAGGGCGUUUCAAUUGUCGCAGCCGCGCUCAAAAAGGUGGAACUGGCGAAAGAGCGCGUGCGGCAGAGCGAAUUAGAAUCACUGCGUCUCGAGCAGGAGAGAGAAAUGAGGCUCAACAACCCGCAAAUCGUGCAAAAUGCGAAGAACGCAUACGGCUCACCUACCGUUCCCGAGGACUUUUAUGAUGACGAGUCAUCCGAAGACGAGGAGCGCAUGUUGGAGGAAAUGACACGCGGCUAUGAAAUUGAGGAUUUUGCCUUCGGAAGACGCCCCGACGAGUUCGAAGAGAUACCCCCGAGGGGCGAUUCUCAAACAUGGUUCGGCGCUGGCGGUGCUGGGGGCGCAGGUGCUGGGGGCGCAGACCAGCCGCCUGUGACCGAGUUGUCUCCCCCGAAGGAUGUCGGCGCAGGUGUUGCCAUUAAUUCCCGAACGGCGGCGACCCCACCGCCAACUCAAGCUCUCCCCGAUUUACCAAUGCCGUCUAUCAGGCCACCUUCCCGAAGCCCUGAUCAAGGUGUGCGAAGUCGACGACUGAGCGGCCAGAACAUGAAGCAGCUGAAGAUUGAGACGUCCAAGUUGACCCGAGUUCCCUUGCGAGAAUCAAUGCCUGAAGCAGCCGUAACCGCUCCUCCUGUCCAAUCAACUAGGGCCCGUGGUACUUCUUCUCCUGAGCGUUUGGGCGGUGGAGUUACCUCACUUGCCGAGGAGAGUCCCAUAAUUGAAGAGCGUGAUGAAAACGAGGCGGAGAAUGCUCUUAGGCGGGCAACUUCACCCCUGGCGCGCUCACUCAUGACGAAGAACUAUUCGUCGUCUAGUCUCCGCAGUGCUAGGAGCCGGAAUAUGUCUCUGUCGAACCUCGACGAGGACCUGUCGCCGGGGACCCCGUCGAGCAACCCGUUUGCCUCUACUGGCAGGCUACCGAGCUUCUCAACUAGUUCAACUCCAAUGAUAUCCACUUUCGAUGAACAAUUCCCUACAGACUCGGCUGAGAGCUUGUAUCUCUUCGAUGGCGGACUCCAAGGACGAUCUCGGCCCGGCUCCCCGGACUCUCAGUGGGGCGAUGCUCCCGUUGCUCUAGAGCCUUGUCCCAACGACUUUAUGUUGCGCCCCUUCUGGCUAAUGAGGUGUCUCUACCAGACCCUCGCGCACUCGCGGGGCGGCUACCUCAGUAGCAGAGUAUUCGUUCCUCAAGAAGUGUGGAAAGUGAAGGGAGUGAAGCUGCGCAAUAUUGAAGACAAGAUUUCCACGUGUGACUAUCUAACUGCGGCAUUAUCGAAGUUGGCCCAGGUUGAUACUUGCGACGCCGACGCUGUUCUGGAAGAGAUGCAAGCUCUGGAGGGUGUGCUAGAGCAGAUGACAGCCAAUCUUACGCGCAAGCUAGGACAUGAAGUCGGUGUCCAGAGCCCUAGUACCUUAUUCAAGGAUUCCCUUAGCGGUCUGGACGGAGAGACCCCAUUUGCAAAUCCUCCCAGAUCUGCUAGUAUUUCUUCAAAGUCCUCGGCACCAUUCUCUUGGCGCCGCCUAAGGGCAAAGAACUCUUCGGCUGGUCUUGCCAGCUCUUAUAGCAACAAAGUCAACGACAACGGUCUCGACUCGCCGAUCCUGGAAACCCUGCCCAUGACUCUGAAUCCUACCAGCCGCCCCCCCAAACGACUGGUGAAUCAGGCUCAGUUUUCGGGUCCACAUGCCAACUAUAUGGAAUCACUUGCGCGGCUUUUUGACUCAGCGCAAAUGAUUGACCAGAUUGCGAGGCAGGUAGAAGACCCCGGGUUGCGUCAUGCCGACAAAACGCAGGACAAAUUGGAUGUAGAAAGAGAAAGGGGUAUUACGGUGAAGGCGCAGACCUGCACCAUGAUUUACAACCACAAGGGCGAAGAUUACCUGCUUCACCUCGUCGACACACCAGGCCACGUCGACUUCCGAGCAGAGGUGACGAGGUCCUACGCGAGCUGCGGAGGGGCCCUCUUGUUAGUCGAUGCGAGCCAAGGCGUCCAGGCACAGACGGUGUCGAAUUUUCACCUCGCCUUCUCGCAAGAUUUGAGCCUAAUACCCGUCAUCAACAAGAUCGACAUGCCUUCGGCCGACGUGCCGAGGGUUCUCGAGCAGAUUGAAUCUUCGUUCGAGUUGGAUCCCGAGUCUGCGGUUUUGGUCUCAGCUAAGACGGGGAAGAACGUGGCGGCUAUUCUUCCGGCUGUGGUUGAGAAUAUUCCGCAUCCGGUUGGGGACUCGACGAAGCCUUUGAGGCUGCUCUUAGUCGAUUCAUGGUAUGAUAACUUUAGGGGUGUCAUAUGUCUCGUUCGGAUUUUCGACGGGCAGGUCAAGGCCGGGGAUAACGUGGUUUCUCUGGGUACCGGACAGAGAUAUACCGUUGGCGAGGUGGGAAUACAAUAUCCCAAUGCGGUCCCGCAAAAGGUGCUUCGGGCCGGACAGGUCGGCUAUCUGCACUUCAACCCUGGCAUGAAGCGUCUGCAGGAUGCGAAGCUCGGCGACACAUUCACUGUUGUCGGCAAGGAGGACGCAGUUGAGCCGUAUCCUGGGUUCGAAGAGCCGAAGCCCAUGGUCUUCGUAGCCGCCUUCCCCGUGGAUCAAUCCGACCACGAGAAGCUAGAAGAGAGCAUCGACCAGCUCGUCCUCAACGAUCGAAGCAUCACUCUGCAAAAAGACCACUCCGAGGCCCUCGGUGCGGGUUGGCGCUUGGGAUUCCUCGGAUCCCUUCACUGUUCCGUCUUCCAGGACCGGCUGAGGCAGGAGCACGGAGCCAGCGUCGUGAUUACGGAACCUACGGUACCUAUCCGCAUCCAGUGGCGUGAUGGGACCGAAACCGUCGUCGAGAAUCCGGCCGAGUUCCCCGAAAAUACUGAUCAUCGACUCAAGGCUGCGACUCUGUAUGAGCCGUUCGUUACCGCGACGAUAACCAUGCCGGAGGAGUAUCUUGGCAGAGUUAUUGAGCUGUGCGAGUCUAACCGCGGGGAGCAGAAGAGCCUGGACUUCUUUCACACUACUCAGGUGAUUCUGAAAUAUGAUUUGCCGACGGCUCAGUUGGUUGAUGACUUUUUUGGUAAACUCAAGAGUGCGACAAAGGGAUAUGCGACCUUGGAUUACGAGGACGCGGGAUGGCGAGAAGGCAACCUUGUCAAGUUGCAGUUGCUCGUGAAUAAGGUCCCCGUCGAUGCCAUUUGCCGAGUCGUUCAUAAGUCUCAGGUUGAGAGGCUCGGAAGGCAAUGGGUCACGAGCUUCAAGGAGCACGUCGACCGACAAAUGUUUGAGGUUGUCAUUCAAGCUGCGGCUGGCGGCAAGGUCAUCGCCCGCGAGACCCUGAAACCUUUCCGCAAGGACGUGUUGGCGAAACUUCACGCUGCUGAUAUCACGAGGAGGAAGAAGUUGCUUGAGAAGCAAAAGGCUGGAAGGAAGAGGCUACAGGCCGUCGGAAACGUCGUGAUUGACCACUCGGCGUUCCAGAAGUUCUUGUCGAAGACAUGA